AUGGAGGCUACACGGGAGAGCGCCGCGGACGCUUCUCACGAUGACAUGGUCACCACCCUUCCGGAUGGAAGGCCUCUAGUGGACAAUACAGGCAGGCCCAUCAAGCGGAAGCGUCCACAAAGCUGCGACUUCUGUCGCUCCCGCAAGACCAAAUGUGUCAGGCCGGAAGGGGAAGCUGCCAACCAGCCAGACAAUCGAUGUAUGCAGUGUAGAACAGCUGCUGUACCUUGUACUUGGUCUUAUGUGCCCAAGCGACCAGGUCCGCAGACACACCUAAACGGGGGGUCAGGCUCCUCAAAACGCCUUCGUCAAGGGAAGUCCCAGGCCGGUCAGGCCUCUGAGUCUCCAGCAUCGUCUGCAGAGCGAACCGUCACCAAGAAGAGUCUCGCUGCAAUGGGUUCCAGUCCUCAGGCUGCUGCCGCGGCUUCUAGCUCGACGCAGGCGCUACCACAAGGGCCUUCUGCGAGACCAGGAUCUCUGGAAGGUUUCCUCGAGGCCGCGCAGAUGUCUGCACACUUCGACAAUCCUCUACCCAAUCCGUAUCAGCUUUCCAAUUACGGUCUAUCGCAUGGACAGACCUCGACGUCUCAAGGCGCUCUGCCUCCACUCAUGCACGCAGACGAUGGCAGGCCACCAUUUCAGGGGCCCUCGCCAUCCCACGCCUCUUCGGAGCAUUCCACAAAUCAGCUGCCACCCAUCGAUUGGCUAGCUAAGCCGAGUCCUACUUCGCAGCACACGCCCCAGCAGCAGCAGCAGCAGCUCAGGUUCGACCUCCAAAAUCUCGGAAAGUCCACAUAUCCCUCACCUCUUAGCUCGACUUAUGGAGCGGGCACGCCCAGAAGUCAAACUCAGAACGUCUUUGCGCCUUCUGGCCCAAGCUACUCUGGGCAGACCGAGUAUUCAGCAUAUAUACCCUUGACACCAACUUUGGAUCAGAGACCGUCAGUCAGUAGUGACAAGGGCUCUGCCAAGGCGUCUCGAGGGUCGAGCAAAUUGGGGAAGAUCUUUGCGGCGCCCAUCGAUCGACCGCGGAGUAUCGAUGACAUUGCUCCCAGAGCGACCUUUCUGUCAGUCAUCAGUCUAUACUUCCACCACCUUUACCCGCUCAUGCCCAUCGUACACCAGCCAAGCUUCAGUCACGAUCUCAUUACCCGUCGAGACGAGAGGGACGACGACUUUCUGUCCUUUGUCCUCAGUCUGACAGCAUAUACCCUGAUCCAGUGCCCUCGAUCUGUCAUACCUGCACCUUGGCCUUUCUACCGCAAGCUGCAUCAAAUCUGCCAUCUGACGAGUAGGAGGAUGCAGCUGGACCGCCACUCUCAUGGGUUUGAGCCGAAUCUCACGGUUUGCGCCACGCUCUACACUACCCACAUCUAUAUGGGCUCUACAGGUCGAACCUUUGCAGCUAAUGCCGUCCACGGUGAGCUGGUGAGGACCGCCUUUUCCAUUCAUCUCCACGAUGAGACCAAGCUUUCGCCAGAUGCCGCCGCCGUCUCUGCAGCUCAGCAAAAUCCUCCGCAGAUCUCAGAGAUCGAUCGUCAGCUGAGGAGGAGAGUCGCUCACCUCAUCAACGGCUCAGACAAGACGAUCUCCAUCUUGAGCGACGAGCCUGUUAGCUUUCCUAUUGGUGAAUGGGUGGGAGUGGAGAUCCCUGUAGCGGUAGACGACGACCACAUCUUUCCGCACAAGAUUGCGUCUCAACCAACGGAGCGUGGGCCCAGCAUCCUCUGCGGCUUUGAGACCGUGAGCAAGCUGCACAUCAUCAUGGGCGGUCUAGUGGAGAAUAUCAGAGCGGACCGACGAAGGCCUCCUACGAGUGUCGACGAAGCUCGAAGUAAGCUCAGAUAUGCCUCAUCGAUCCUGAGGCGGAUCCAAGAGGUAGUCAGUGAGAUGCCAGGAGAUCUCUUGAAUCCCAGCUUCGAGCAUACAGAACCGCCUCCACGUCCCUGUGACAUUCUGCCUGACCUCGGUCCCUCAAUGUACCUCCCGCAAGCUGGGAUGACUGGCACAACAGCCGCCCGCAAGGGUAGCUUCUUGGGCAAUACCACUGGCCCUGGUGGGGACAGAGGGGUCGGAGGUCAGAGCAAGGAUCGCACCACGCUGCCUCCUGUCAAUUUGCCCUUUGCUCCUUGGCCUACUGGUACAUUCGAUGAGAAUGGCUUGCCCGUCGCACUGGAUGGUGCUAGUCAGGGCUCGAGCUCUGCAGCUGCUUCUCCCAUGGGUUGGGGGCCACCAACGACUGGCGGUCCUACCCUGGGCGGUAGUAUUCUGCCUCCUUUUGUCCCCUCGGGGCAAACCGUGGACAACAGUAGUGCGCAUACGCCCUCUGCUGCUCAACUCAAUGCAGCUCGAGAUCAAGUCGUCUCCUUUCGUCCCUCUCCACCUCCCAUCUCCUCUUCCUCGCAAAGCCAUUUCCCCAUUCUGAGCGGCUUCGCCAUCUGCCGAGCUAACAUCCUCGUGACGGAGGCUAUGCUUCGCUUCGUCCUCGUCGACUAUCGAGAGCAGCUACAGGGUCAUCUGAAUCGACUACGGCUCGCAUCGGGCGAGGUGAACCCAGAAGAAGAGGACGACGCGAGCAAGGACAUCGAAGAGGCCGCACGCACUUUUUUCAGUGAAGCCGUCGCCACGCUUCCCUUUGACGCACUCGCGGCCAAUGGACAGAGCCUUGUGCUCAAGCUCGUCUACAUUGUCUCUGCACUGCUCCAUAGGACUAGUACGUCUAGCAGGACCUACGAGUACAUGAGUGAGCUCCUGGCGCUGCUUACACAGCUUACGGAUCGGAGGGAGGAGAAGCCCGAUGACGAGGAGGGAGAACAGUCCGACUAA